UUCUUCGUUUCGGGGGAGGAGACCUGUGCUACUGCUUUUGUCCUCCUCCUCAUUGCUCGUGCAAUUGUCGACGGAAGGAAGGGAACCAAGGCCUUCUUGGAGUUUGUUUGGUUGCUCUUGCACCCCCCGGUUUGAUGAGACUGCAGCUUACUCUUCGGGUUUCUUUCAGUCCGUUUCUUAUUUAUUCUUCUCUCUUCUUUCCAGUAUGCCGUCUGGGCGUAAGAAGAGGCUAGCUGCCAGGAGGAGGAGAAACAAUGGAGCCGGGACAUCUCUUGACAAGGAGAGCGUGUCAGGUUCGCAUGCAUCAGAUGAAGGGAGCAGCCCGCAGAUGUCCAAUGAUGUGAACUCAAGACUGUCCUUGGCUACUGGAAGCAACGAACGGUCGGCCGAUCAAACGUUUCAGACGGAGGAAUGGGUGCGUGUUUCAGACUUUGAUGUCGGUACGCCAACCUCAACCACCGCCAAGAGUGACUUUGACACGGUUGCCGAGGGUAGCUAUGGCGAUGUGCGAGGCCACGAUAGGAUUGCUGAUUGGGAGACGGUUUCGAGGGAAAAUGCGGGAGACUUGUCUUUUGCAGAGGACGUUGGUGAAGUCCGUAAUCCUGUGACUUCAGGUCCUGGACAGGUUCAGGGUCAGAAAAUGUUGCAUGUUGAUGAGGUGCUUUCUGAUUCGUCGGUUUCUGACAAGGAAGACGACACUAAGAGUGUGAGCUCCAGAAGUGACGGUGGAAUGAGCUCCCAUUGCAAAUCAAGCUCUAGCAGCAGAGGUAGUGGCAGAAGCGUUGGUUCCAGUUCUGAGGCAUAUCUCAAAAAAUCAGACGAUGAAGAGAGGCUGAGUAGCAUUGUGGUAGUUCCGUCCCAACACGAAUAUAGUCAGGAAAGCAGCUUCGCAGAAGUUGCCUCAGUGGAACCACCAGAGGACGACUACCAUGAGAUGAUCGUAGGUACGUCUUCAUCUGAAGAGAAAGGAGCUGAGGAUCAGGCGAGUAGUGCGAUUGAGCCUGCUUCAUCAGAAGACCAUGAAGAAGACAAAUAUGAUCUUAUGUCCGGAGUUGAGGAUCAGAUAAUGGAACCUGCCUCGUCAGAUGAGCAAGAAGGACGAUAUACACUUUUCACUGACGUUUCUAAUUUGAAGGAGCUUCUUGAACAGGAGGGAUCUAGAAAUGAUUCAAACAUCUUGCCAGGUAGUCAUGGUAGUUUUUCUAGCUUUAUCUCCAGUCAUAUUAAUGAGUCCUGGAUUCAUGAAGCUGAUGAUCCUCGAUCAGCGGAAGUUGAAGAAGCUGAGACUGAGUCCACAAGGGCGGAACACCAGACACCCGGACAAUUGGAGAACGAAGAUUUCCAGGUACCUGACUCAAAAGCCUUUGAGCCGCAAACCUCAGAAGUGAAAGAGUCAGAACAUGAACCUGAAACUCUUGAGUCUCAUGCCAUUAGUAUUCUUGAACAGAAUCUUGAAGAAAGAGGAAGUACCUUGGAAGAAGUUGCACAAGGCAUGGAGCCUACGACUCCAGAUAAGGUUUCAGAGAAGUGUUCUUCUGAGAACCCGCAUAGUUUUAUUCGCUCUAUUAGUGAUGAGGAAGUUUUUGAGACAGGAAAAGCUAGUUCCUCGAAGGAAGUGGAAAAUCCUUCUGCAAGUCCUUCCGCCAAAGAGCAAAUUAGUUAUGCUGAGGAUUUUUCUAAUUACGAAGGUGCUAAUGAAAACAUUGCUAAAGAAGUUCACGACACCCCCCUUAGCGGUGGCGUACCUGAAUCAGAGUCUCAUGAAUUAAAUCAGCUACUUGAGAUUGCGCAUUCUAAGGAGAUAGCCGAAUUAGGGGAAAUAGAAGAGAAAAUCCUGGCACAAGAGGAACAGGAGUUGGGCAAAGGUAUUGCGGACUCCCAGCCUUUGGUUGAAGUUCUUUCUGCAGCUGGUGAUUCCAACCAAUUGGAAGAAGGUGAAAUGGAGGAUUUUCAACCCGUAAACACUGAAGAGGCACCUCUUCUAAAGGAUUCUCCAUCUACAGUUGAUUCAGGCUUGCAGAUUGAAGAGAUGCUGAAGGAUAGAGCUCCAGAGCUGCUCACCAAAGAAGUAGAGGAAGCUUUUCCGAAGGAUGGAUUUGGAGAUGAGCAUCAAGCUGGAGAGGUUCUGCAUACAGGUGGCUCUUUCUCAGGUGAUUCGAGCGUGCAAAUAGAAGAGCCACUUGCAGAUGGGACCGCAGGAAAGCAACAACACUUGCUGGAAAGCCAAAGUGAAGAAGGUACUUCUUUUUCAGUUGAUAGCACGCAGAGCCCUCCAAUUAAAGAGUUACGCACCACAAAUGAGGGGACUUCGGUGCCUCUCAUCAACAUAUCAGAAUCUAAGCUGGCUGACAACUCGGCUGGAUCAACCAAAGAUGUCGAAGCUACAUCUUUGUCAGGCAAUGUUGAUACAUCCUCCGCGAAAUCUGAGCAAGUUUCCAUCACAUCACACUUCAAAAGAGAGGAUCAGGGAAGGCCUAUUCAGGCUCCUUCAGGUAUCUGGGGUUGUUGUGAACCUGUGCAUUGGUUACUUGCAAACUUUGCGCGGCGGGUCAACUCUCCAUCCAUUCGAAAUUGAAGGCUUGAUUGAGCCCUGUAUAGUGAAAUUUAGAUGUGCCUAGUAUUUAGAUUCUUACAGGUGAGACCAGGUAGUUGGUGACAGGAAGUGUCAAGUUGGUUUUUAAGGGUCUCAGAAUCUGGUGGCACUCCCAUUUUAGUACUCACCGUAAAUUUUGAAAAGUGUAUCAUCGUUUCCAGUAGUUUUAAGGUUGUCCUAUUUUUAUUUAUUUUUGGUAAAAGAAAUUUACUAAGGUUCUCUUCCUAUUUUGAAUUUGCAAGUUCUGUAGCAGGGUUUAGCUUAAUUGGUUCUUAUAAUACAACAUGCUUCUAAAACUUCCUACCGCUGGCUUUAAAAGUAGGGUUUCACCAGCUAAGAAGUGCAUCAGUUUAUACUUAGACCACGUGAAAUUCUGGUUAGUUUAUUGUCGUCGUAGAGAUUCUUUGCGCAGGCUUGUGUAAUUCAUCGAUUGAUGUGAACAUCAUGGUGACACAUAAGUUGGGCUUUUGUGUGAUUAGCAUCUUUGCUCACAUUUUCCA